AAUUUAUUGAACAUGGAUCCUGAUCUUUAAGAUACAAGAGUUCUUUCAAAAAUAUUGAUAGAAAAUCACUCAAAAAUAAUGAGCGAGCAAAUUAAUUAGGAAAAAUAAUAUAGGUUUAAAAUAUAAUAUCGAUUAAAAUAGAGAGAACUUAAUAGCCUAAUAAAUAAAAGAGACAUAAUAGCAUUUUGAUGUGAAAAAGAUGACUCAAGAUUUCAAUAAUCAAUUAAAUUAAGAUGUUUAUACAAGUUAGUUGAGUGAAAAAGUUUAAAUAAAGAUGUAGGAUUUUAAAUUAAUAUAGAGUAUUUUAGCAUAACUUUCCAGAAAGCAAUCCAUAAAUAUUUGCCACAAAAUAAAUGAGUCAUAAGUUGAUUGAUCCUGAUACAUGGUAAAUAAAAGUGGAACAGUAAAAUGCAAAUGAAAAAAAAUCACUUUUUUAAAUUUUAAAUGAUAUAGGAAGUUAAUUUUUAAUAGAAGCUCCUGAAGAGGAUUUAAUAAUGAUGGAAUUUUCAAAAUAACCUGAUGAUCAAUUUUAAAAACAUUUAAAAGCUAUUAAAAGUGUUGAAUUAAGAGAAUUAUUUGAAAAUUGUUAUCCUAAUCAAUAUUUACAGAAUUUAUAGCAAGAUCUAAGUUAAUUUAUUAUGAAUUUAGAAGAUUAUUAAUAAUUAAGUAAUUUGAUUAGAGAUAGAGCCUAAAAUAAUGAAUCAUUAGGAGGUAUUAAUAAAAAGAAAAUAAAUAGUCUAAAUUAAAUAGAUUAGGAAUGAGAAUUAAAGUUUAAAGAAAGAAAUAGAAAAAUAGUUGAUUCACCUAUCAAAACUACAAAGUUCAGGAUUUAAUCUAAAUGGUUUUUGCGUUUCAUUACAUAAAGUAAUAUAAUUUUAUAUUAUAGAAAUUCUCAGAUAAAGAAUUAGCAAGAGUUUUAGAUAAGAAAAUAUAAAAUUUAGAAUAGUAUAGAGAAGAGAAAUAUGAAAAUAAAAAUAAUGAAGAAAAUGAGAAGUAAUUCGAAAAAGAUGUUAAGGAAUAUUUGGAAAAAAGAAAGGAGUAUCAAAUUUCCAUUUAAAAGAAAUAAUAUUGUGUAAGAGCAUUUUAAAAUAAAUAUUAAAAAUGA